AUGCUGUUUUUAUUGUCCCGUCCCAGAAGGAAAUCCUCUGAGAAGACGGAAUCCUCUGGGAAGACGGAAUCCUCCCCUGAAAUAAAAUCGAGCCGUGAGCAAGUAUCCAGAACAGUGGGGACUUUCUUGAAAGCCCCAGUGCCUCUCCAACCCCGCGCGGGCGAAGCGGCCGACCUCGUCCAACUCGUGGACGAGAAGGGACUUUCUUUCGGCUUAAAAGUCUGGAUCAAGUUCUGUACCAAGCGCUGCUAUAGAAAGGCGGAUGAUCGCGCUGUCGAGCUCGCUGCUGGGAUCGCUGCCAAUGCCAAUGGCACUGUAGUAUAA